AACAACAACAACAACAACAAUAAUAACAACAAUCAUGGGCCUGGUAAGAAAGGAAACAAUGCAAGCGCAAUGGCGAAGAGUGCUAUAGUUGUUGGGGGUAGUAUUGGUGCUAAAGAAAAUGGUCAACAACAGGAUGGCAUGGAAAUGGAUUGUGGUGGUUGCGGAGAAAGUGUCCGAGAACGUACCGUACUAUGUGUUGGGGGUCGUACAUGGCAUUCGAGAUGCCUCAAGUGUUGCGCUUGUGCCAGACCUCUUCAUGAUCAACAUUCCUGUUUUCUUCGGGGGAUGAGACUCUAUUGUCGACACGAUUACGCCCUAACAUUCGGUGCUAAGUGCGCGAAAUGUGGGCGAAGUGUAGGCGCAGGUGAUUGGGUUAGGAGAGCCCGUGAAAGGGUUUAUCAUUUGGCCUGUUUUGCCUGUGACGCUUGUUCACGUCAAUUAUCGACCGGUGAACAAUUUGCUCUGUUGGAUGCACGAUUAUUAUGUAAGGCACAUUAUCUCGAUGUAGUCGAGGGAAACAAUACUUCUUCCUCCGAAGAUUGUGAUUCCGAACACGGUGGAAAGGGUAGUAAAACGAAGAGAGUGAGAACCACAUUCACUGAGGAACAACUCUCUGUAUUACAAGCGAAUUUUCAAUUGGACAGUAAUCCCGAUGGUCAGGAUCUCGAAAGAAUAGCACAUGUAACUGGAUUAAGUAAAAGGGUCACACAAGUAUGGUUUCAAAAUUCAAGAGCAAGACAAAAGAAGCACAGUGGCAAAAUCAAAACCCAAAUGCACCAUUCACCGCCAAUGCAACAUCAUCCGACGGAAUUGUAUCCCAGUAGUGUGAACGUGGUCGGAGCAUACCUAGGUGGUUAUCAAGGUGGCAGUGCAGGAAGUGAAAGUCCCGGAAGUCCAUUAACCCCACUGACACCAAUGACACCCUUAACACCAACUACCCCGACUCAUCACCAGCCACAAUUUUGUCAUCAAACGGGAUAAAAAUCUGCUCGAUACUGGCAGAUCUUUUUUAUGUGUACAUAGAAUUAAAAAAAAAAAGAAAAGAAAGAAGAAAAUAAAAGAAAAAGAGAGAGGAAAAGAAGAUGAGAAGAUGAGAUUAAAUAAAAACAAACAAACAAAAAAUGAUCGAUCGUAGAAUAUGAUCGGUCCGUAGUUUAGUAACAUAAACGAGCUUUUAAUCUUUAUUUAUUCGACGUCAGCGAUUUAAAUCGGUGCAAAUUUCCGACGAAAAAAUAAAAAAGAAGAGAAACAAGAAAAAAGAAAUCGGAUUUCCUGUUAUCCUUUAUUAAUGUUAAAAAGAAAGAAAGGAAAAAGAAAAACGCGGGAAAUGUACGAUUAUUCAUUAAAUCGGGUUUUAAAAUAAACGAUGCGUAAAUAUACGUACAUGUAAAUUUGCUUUCAUAUUUUUUAUAUCUAUCGCUAUCGAAAAGAUUUGAAAGAUGAAAGGAUUGUAAAUAAAUAAAUUUUCCGUUCCCUUUUUCUUUCUCUCCUCCGACUCCCUCACUCUUAACCCUCUUUCUAUUAUCAUUCACGUUCGAACUUUUUUGUACAUAAAAAAAAUUUUUAGGAAUAAUGUGCGAUCAUUAUACGUACGAUAACGUUCUUGCACAUUCAUUAUUGCAAUAUUGUAAGCCGUACUGUUAAUAAUAAAAAUGUCUUUUGCUGUUAUAAA